AUGGCUCCCGGUAAGGCAAACACAGAUGAGCUUAAGAACACAAAGCUGUUCGAUGUGUCGCACAUCACAGCCAUUGUUACGGGAGGCGGUACUGGUAUCGGGCUCAUGAUAACUCAGGCGCUGGUCGCCAAUGGCGCCAAGGUCUACAUCACCAGCCGGCGUGAAGAGGUCUUGAAGAAGACCGAAGAGUUACACAACCAUUCGAACGGCGAAAUCAUUCCCCUUGUAGGAGAUGUUAGCGACCCAGAGGACGUUAAGCGCCUGUACAAGGAGAUUAGCGAGAAGGAGCCCCAGGGAAUCCAGUUGUUGGUGAACAACGCUGGUAUUGCACGCGACGACAACACCAAAUUCUCCAGUGCUGGAGAGCCAAAGUGGGAAGACGCUCAAUCGGUGUCCGAUCACUUCUUGAAGUCGCCUCCUGAGUCCUGGGCUGAUACCUUCAAGACCAAUGUUGGCAGUAUUUUCUACAUGUCGAUGACCUUCUUACCUCUUCUCGCAAAGGGCGGAGAGAAGACCCCUGGCUACACUUCCUCGGUCAUCAAUGUUACCUCCAUCUCGGGUGCCAUGAAGGGUUCAUCGUCAGGACAAUUUGCAUACGCCAGCUCCAAGGCCUCAGCAACGCAUCUGUCGAAGAUGCUCGCGACAACCUUUGUUAAGACCAAGGUUCGCGUUAACGUCAUCGCUCCUGGCGUGUUCCCGUCAGAGAUGACCACCGGCUCUUCUGAUGAUGACAACAAGAGUGUCAUUGAGGGUGGCAUGUCCAACCCUGCCGGCAGGCCCGGCAAGGAUUCUGACAUGGCCGCCUCGGUCCUUAUGCUGGCCGGUCCAGGUGGUGUCUUCUACAACGAGCAGAUUCUAUACCCUGAUGGCGGCAACACCCUCGUCCAGCCAAGCUCAAAGACCUAA